GAAGGGGCGGGGAGCGCGCUCCUGCGGCGGCGGCGGCGGCCGUCCUCAUCCCGGCGGCCCAGCGCUUGAGUGGACGCGGGGUUUCGCAAAUGGCUUGUGCCGCUCUCGGUCUGGAAGCUCUUCAGCCCCUGCAGCCUGAGCCGCCCCCCGAGCCCGCCUUCUCCGAGGCGCAGAAGUGGAUCGAGCAAGUAACUGGCAGAAGUUUUGGUGAUAAAGAUUUUCGGACAGGGUUAGAAAAUGGAAUCCUUCUCUGCGAGUUGCUGAAUGCUAUAAAGCCAGGACUUGUCAAAAAGAUCAAUAGAUUGCCUACCCCCAUUGCAGGAUUGGACAAUAUCAUAUUAUUCUUGAGAGGUUGUAAAGAGCUCGGCCUUAAAGAAUCUCAACUUUUUGACCCGAGUGACCUACAGGAUACGUCCAACAGAGUAACAGUCAAGAGCCUUGAUUAUAGCAGGAAGCUGAAAAAUGUACUAGUGACUAUUUACUGGCUGGGCAAAGCAGCAAAUAGCUGUGCAUCUUACAGUGGGACAACGCUAAACCUGAAGGAGUUUGAAGGCUUGCUGGCUCAGAUGAGAAAGGAGACUGAUGACGUUGAGAGCCCUAAACGUAGUAUUCGAGACAGUGGCUACAUCGACUGCUGGGACUCAGAGCGCAGCGACUCCCUCUCUCCCCCUCGACACGGCAGAGAUGAUUCCUUCGAUAGCCUGGAUUCCUUCGGCUCCCGUUCCCGGCAGACACCUUCGCCAGAUGUAGUCCUCAGGGGAAGCAGUGAUGGGAGAGGAAGCGACUCUGAAUCCGACUUGCCCCAUCGGAAGCUGCCGGAUGUGAAGAAGGAUGACAUGUCUGCAAGGCGGACUUCCCACGGUGAGCCAAAAUCAGCAGUGCCUUUUAACCAGUACCUCCCCAACAAAAGCAACCAGACAGCCUACGUCCCCGCACCUCUGAGAAGGAAGAAAGCAGAGCGAGAGGAAUAUCGGAAGAGCUGGAGUACUGCCACCUCCCCCCUGGGUGGGGAGAGGCCCUUCAGCUAUCCUGAAACAAUAGAGGAAGAGGGAAGUGAAGUGGGGUCUCCUUGUGAAGAGGACCCCGUCAGCCGAAUGGACCCUGGUGGGAAGCCUCCUGGUGGUGGGUUAGAAUUACCCACCAGCAGUGGGAAGGAGCAGCCUCCUGCAGAGGGGGCUGCGUUGGCACCAGCUCCCAAGUCUGAAGAGGAAGAUGCUGCUGAAAUCCAAAAGCGCAGAAGGCUAGAGCAAGCUGGAAUCAAGGUCAUGGCAGCAGCACAGCGCUUUGCCAGUCAAAAGCAAUUAAGUGAUGAGAAAGAAGCUGUUCGAGAUAUUAUCCUUCGCAAAGAAAAUCCUUUCCUGAUCCACCAACACAGAAGAGAUUCAGAAUCAGAAGAUGAAGUUGCAUGUCGACUGCCUGAUCUUGAGAAAGAUGACUUUGCCGCCAGGAGAGCAAGGAUGAACCAGACCAAGCCAAUGGUGCCACUGAAUCAACUCCUCUAUGGGCCUUACCGAAAAAAAGAGGCAGAGAAAUCAGAUGGCAGCAAGCUACCCUCAAAGGGAAUCUCAGAAAAGAAAAGUCUAGAACAUAAAAGAAACCAAGGCCAAACGGAAGAGGUGAAGUUGAGGGUGACCUGUAUUGUGCGGGCUCAGGAGAGUGAACCUGUGGAAGAGGGGCUCAGGCAGGUGCCGGAUCUUCACAAGGAUGACCUGGCGCAGCGCAGAAUUCAGGGCAGCCUUGGCCCUCACCGCGAGGCUCCGAGCUUUGUCACGGUUGCCAAUAUAACAGAAGCCGACCGGGAGACAUGGGAGAGGCUGAAAGUGUCAGGAAAGACGAGGGAUGGAGAUGUGGAGCACACGUGUGCCCCUGAGCCUUCACCAGAAAUUAAAGCAGAAACUGCCAUCCGUGAUGACUUUGCCAGCCGCAAGGCAAGGGCUUAUAAGAAAGCUUCCAGCCCUAGGCAAAAGUUCGUGCACUUUGGACCAGUGACAGAGAUAGAUCAGCAGACAUGGAAGCGGCUCAGCAUUGGCAGGGCUGGGCCGAAGGAGGAUGCAGAGGGAGUCAUCGGUCACAGCCACAAAAUUCAGACGUACUCUGUGUCCCCUGCCUUGGCGGCCAUGUCCAGUUUACAGGAAGACCACAGGCUCAAUCCACAAAAUGACUGCAGAAUAGUGACGUCUGGUGUAGAUGACCGUUGUAAAAGGGUCUGCCGGCUGGCUGUGGUGCCGGAGUCCCAGGAAGAGCAUAGCUGCAGUUUAGUUACCUGCAAACAGCUGCCGCAGGAUGGCAAAGAAGCGACUGAAGGAGUUGUUCAAAGAGGUUCUGAGACGGUGCCAAAGGCUGAAAGAUCCGAGGAGAGCGGCCAGCCACUUUCAUGUCCUCUGACCUCUGAAUGGGAGGCUUCAGAGAGAGAAGAGAAGUCAGAGAAGAUGACAGCUCCUGCCUGGAGUGGCAGUGGACUGAAAGGCCAAAGAAAAUUGUGUGAUUCGCAAAAAGAUGACGUGAUGGCCAGGAGAGCUGGGAUGUCUCUUAGACACAUUGGAUCCAAGCUAAACCAGUUCCGUCCAGUUCCAUUUGCAAAGCAACGCAUUGUGGAGGAAUCUGCCAAGGGUCCACCAAUAAAAGAUAAGAGAUGCCCCGAUGUGGUGCCGGACCCUGCAUCCAUGGGCUGCCGGAGAGCAGUUAGCAUGAAAGGAGAGAAAUACGGACCGAGAACUCCUGUGUCUGAUGACGCAGAGAGCACGAGUAUGUUUGACAUGCGGUGUGAGGAGGAGGCCAAGGUGCAGCCGCACAGCAGGGCCCGCCAGGAGCAGCUGCAGCUGAUAAACAACCAGCUGCGGGAAGAGGAUGACAAAUGGCAAGAUGACCUGGCUCGUUGGAAGAGCCGUAGAAGAAGUGCUUCUCAGGACUUAAUCAAGAAAGAGGAAGAAAGGAAAAAAAUGGAGAAGUUACUGGCUGGAGAGGAUGGGACAAGUGAACGAAGGAAAAGCAUCAAAACCUACAGAGAAAUUGUCCAGGAAAAGGAGCGGAGAGAGAGGGAGCUGCAUGAGGCAUACAAGAAUGCACGGUCCCAGGAGGAGGCGGAAGGGAUCCUUCAACAGUACAUCGAGAGGUUCACCAUCAGCGAAGCUGUUCUUGAACGCUUGGAGAUGCCAAAAAUUCUGGAAAGAAGCCAUUCAACAGAGCCAAACUUAUCCUCCUUCCUGAAUGACUCCAACCCCAUGAAAUACCUGCGGCAACAGUCACUAUCUCCACCCAAAUUCACUGCCACUGUGGAAACCACCAUCGCUCGUACCAGUGUACUGGAUGCCAGCAUGUCAGCAGGCAGUGGGUCUCCAAGCAAAACUGUCACUCCCAAAGCAGUGCCUAUGCUGACACCCAAGCCUUACUCCCAGCCCAAAAACUCUCAAGAGGUCCUGAAGACCUUCAAGGUGGAUGGGAAAGUCACCAUGAAUGGAGAGACGGUUCACGUUGACGAGGAGGAGAAGGAAAGAGAGUGUCCCACGGUGGCACUUGCCCCCUCGUUGACCAAAUCCCAGAUGUUUGAAGGUGUGGCCAGAGUGCAUGGGUCCCCCAUGGAGCUGAAACAAGACAACAGUAGCAUUGAGAUCAACAUAAAGAAGCCAAGUUCUCUUCCCCAAGAGCUGACGGCAACCACUGAAGAAACUGAAACAAACAGUCAAGAAGAUGCGAAUGAUGGUGAAAAAACAGAAAAAGGGAAUACAGAAGUUGCCUCAUCAGAGCCACAGUAUUUUACAUCAACUGUGACUCGAUCCAGCCCGACCGUGGCCUUUGUGGAGCUUUCCUCCAGCCCCCAGGUGAAGAACGAGGUGCCAGAAGAGAAAGACCAGAAGAAACCGGAAAAUGAAAUGAGUGGAAAGGUGGAACUGGUGCUGUCACAAAAGGUGGUAAAGCCAAAAUCUCCAGAACGAGAAGCAACCCUGACGUUUCCAUUUCUGGACAAAAUGCCUGAAAGCAGCCAAUUACCUUUGCCAAAUCUCAGUUCUCAAGUGGAUUCUCCAAGCAGUGAAAAGUCACCUGUAACUACGCCUCAGUUGAAGUUGUGGGCAUGGGACCCGGAAGAGGAACGCAGGCGACAGGAAAAAUGGCAACAAGAGCAGGAACGUCUGCUCCAGGAGAGAUACCAGAAGGAGCAGGACAAGCUGAAGGAAGAGUGGGAAAAGGCCCAAAAGGAGGUGGAAGAGGAAGAACGCAGAUACUAUGAGGAGGAGCGCAAAAUAAUUGAGGACACUGUGGUUCCAUUUACUGUUUCUUCAAGUUCUGCAGACCAGCUGUCUACAUACUCCUCUGUGACUGAAGGCAGUGGGACAGUGAAUAAGAUGGACUUGGAAAACUGUCGAGAGGAAGAACAAAAGACAAGACAGAAGAAACCAUUCCAGGGAGAUAACAGUGGCUCAUUGCUUAAGACUAAGGAAGGUGAUCCACUGGAGGAAAAGGGCAGCCUAACUCAAGGAGUCUUGACUCAUUCUGAGAACCCUGCAUUGAAAGGAAUCUAUCAGGACCUCCAGCUGGAUACAGAAGCUGGGGCCUCACUCUGUGGGAUGAACCCACAGCUAGCUCAGGAUCCAUCCCGGAAUCAGCAGGUAUCAAACCCACCAAUGCACAUUUUAGAAGAUGUGAAGCCAAAAACCCUCCCAUUGGACAAAAGCAUUAAUCAUCAGAUUGAGUCUCCGAGUGAAAGGCGGAAGAAAAGCCCACGAGAGAACUUCCAGGCUGGGCACUUGUCCCCCUGCUCCUCCACCCCUCCUGGCCAGUCACCAAACAGGUACAAGAGGUCUAUAAGUGGGAAGAAGCUGUGUUCUUCGUGUGGGCUUCCAUUGGGUAAAGGAGCUGCAAUGAUCAUCGAGACCCUCAAUCUCUAUUUUCACAUCCAGUGCUUUAGGUGUGGAAUUUGCAAAGGACAGCUUGGAGAUGCAGUGAGUGGGACGGAUGUUAGGAUUCGAAAUGGUCUUCUAAACUGUAAUGACUGCUACAUGCGAUCCAGAAGUGCUGGCCAACCCACAACAUUGUGACGUGGUUUUCGAGCUUCCAGAUCACUCACCAUUUCCUUACUGAGGGUGUCCCCUGGCAAUCGUUUAACAAAACCCUAAGUGCAGGGGCUCCUCAGUAUUCAUCUAAUUUCUGAAAGGCUAUUCUAAAAGAUGGUAUCUGUUCUUUUGUAGCACAGUGUUAGUGUUUUUCCUGCUUUCCUUUUUUUUUUUUUUUUGGCAUUUGCACAGUAUAUACAAAAGAAUAUUGAAUUGUAAUGAUCCUGAAUAGUUCCAAAAAAAGGUCUUAGCAUGGUCAAACAGGCUUACAGUUUAAAAUGUGUUAUUCUCUUCUUUGGGAGUUAAUGAGAUAAAUGAUGCAAUAAACCUGUUUUUUUUUUUAGCAUUUCUAGGAAUUAAACACUUUAUGUUUACAGAAUUGAGCUGCAGAAAA